AUGGGAAAUUGCAGGCCAUUAGCGUUUUUGUUGGGGCUUCCCUUUGCAUUGCUUGCACUGGUUUUGUCCAUUGUUGGUGCUGUGAUAUGGAUCAUUGGGACGAUAUUGAGUUGUUUGUGCCCGUGUUGUGUAUGCUGUGCUGCUCUGGCCAAUUUCGCAAUGGAUUUAGUGCGGCUUCCAGUUAAAAUACUUAGAUGGUUCAUUGAUCAAAUCCCAUGUUAA